AUGCUGCAAAGUGCCUUUGCAAAGCUGUUUUCUGGCUUGCUACUCGUAGCGCUGGCCAGGGCAACAGUCCUGGUCGACUUCCAGGUUGCCGAGCCCCUACCCAUCGCUCAGGAUGCACAAACCUGCACGGUGAAGAUGUUCGAAUACACGUUUGGGAACUCGUAUGGAACCCCCGAGGUUGUGCAAUACACACCACCGACGGAUUGUGGGGACGUGGGGUCAUGGGCAGGUAUUAGCCUCAACUUCACAGUAACCUCGAACGGGACGCAGUAUGAUCGAUUGGGCGUAUUCACGUUCGAGAACGUCGAGAUCUGGCGCACAUCGACUCCUGAACCCACACCUGAUGGCAUCAUCUGGACAUACUCGAAAGACGUUACACGCUAUAUCCCCCUAUUUGCCAAACCUGGCACGUUUUCCUUGGAAUUAGAUAAUGAAGUGACGUCCAGUUUAACUGGGCAAUACGCCACUACGCUAUACGCGACAUUCUAUGCGGCAUCUGCACAGAACCCGACUGCUGCCCAGGCAGAUCUGAUAAUCCCCAUAUCAACCAUGGCCAACAAUAGCGAUGACGUCGCCUCUGUCCCUCCUACUUUUUCGCUCAACGUGACUUUGCCCAGAAAUACCGUUCAAAUAUUUGCCGAACUCUACGCUUCGGGCAAUGGCGACGAGGAAUUUUGGUACUUCAAUACCGCAGAUGAAUACCUCGGCGAUCUUCCUGCCGGUACCACCUACGGCGGUGGACCGUUCCGCGAGGUUCGCAUGCUCGUUGACGGACAAGUGGCAGGUGUCGCUUUUCCUUAUGCAGUCAUUUUCACAGGAGGAAUCAAUCCUGCCUGCUGGCAGCCAAUCACCUCAUACGGAGCACUCGAUCUUCCGACUUACUUCAUAGACCUUACGCCUUUCGUUCCAGUCUUUGCAGAUGGCCUGCCCCACAAUAUCUCCCUUGAUGUCGCAUCGGCAGAGGCGAACCACACUCUCAACGAGAACUGGUAUGUGACCGGGUUGCUGCAGGUUAUCACGGACUCUUCCUCUGAGCCUACUACGGGCAACAUCACGUCCUACACGGCGCAGCCGUAUGCAGUCACGGAGACGACGGGGAGUGUUGGCGGUGGAGAUGUGAACGUUACAGUGAAAGCAACGCGACAGCUAAAAAUCGAGGCGACUAUCGUGAGCGGCAGUGGGCAGGAGAAUCAAGUCGUAUGGGAGCAGAAUCUGGAAUACUCAAACACCCAGUAUUAUCUGGACAACACGUAUACGCAGAAUGUGGUGCAAACAGCCACUGGGACUAUCCUGUCAACGCACAACGGUGUCACAACGGUGUCUGACCAAUUCGAAUAUCCUCUCAACAUCAACAUCAGCUACUUGAAUACUAAUGGGACAUUAUUCUAUUCGUCGUUUGAUCACUCAUACAACCGCGACGUCUUGCCCGCUCCUUUCAUACUGGGCUCUACAAUCACAGAGCGCCAGCUGGCUUCCGGAUAUUUCGGGGAAACCGCGAGUGGAAACUACGGCAAUGGAACCAGCAACAACACCUUUGUUUACGCAGAUACCCAAGACAAUACAUUCACCUGGAAUGUCGACGCGGCAUACGAUGUUAUUACCCUCAAUCAGCAAAGUGGCUCCCUCGCGACAAACGCUUUGCCCGAAUUCCCUCAGGCAACCAAGGCUAUGAGUCUUCCUGCAGCACGUUUACCAGGUGGAAAGACAGUUGGGGUAACAUUAUCAUAG